AUAACAUUUCGGUGGGAAGAGGUAGCUGCUGUGUGAUCCUGCGGCAAUACUGCUUUCAGCGAUUGCCAGACGAGGCCAUUCAACUGCUCCCAUUUGGCGGCCUCCAUGUCUAGGAGCAGCCACCAGGGCUAUUCAUGGGCCGUCGCCGCUGGAAUUAAUGCCGCUUUGGCUGCAGUCUCCGCCAAGCUUUUCUCUUCACUGGCCUUUAGCUUUCUUCUCUUUUUAUCAUCGCACAAUUUUUAUCUGACGAGUGCAUCGGAUCUCGAUAUGAUGGGAGAGUUACUUAAAUAUGGCUUAGUCUUAUUCUUCAACGCGACAAUGUGGGGUUGCUAUAUCAAUAGCCUUAAAGUGCUUUCAUCUCUCCAAGCCACAGUUACAAACUUUGCAACUAACUUUAUAUCUUCAGGUUUAGCAGGAUUUUUUCUCUUUCAGGAGCCCCUUCCUUCUCGGGUGCAUUUUUUAUCAUCAUCGGCGUUUUCAUUCUCAGCAAGUCAAAUAUUGAGAAGAAGUCAAGCCAAGAUUGAGGACAACGGAGUCAUAGAACUUGGUGUUUCUUGUUCUUCAUCUUUUGCUCGUUUUCAAGAUAUAUAGGAAGGUCUAAGUCUACAAUAACAAAAGCAGAAUAUGCAAUUUGAAAAUAUAGAGUAUUGGUGAAGGCUGAGCUCUCAUACAAUUUAGCAACAUAAAAGGUUUAGUGGUAGAUCUUCAAAGCUUUACUUCAAUCUAAGAUUUCAACAGAAUAUACAAGACUUAAAGCCGUGAGUGAUAUAUAUUAUAUAGCUUUUGUUUUAUUUGCAAGUAAUGAAAUAAUCAACUAACCCCGAAGCUUUCAGGCUUUAGAGAGCACAUGUGUGGGAGUAUAUAUUCAAUGCAUCAAGUUGCUAAACUACUUUAAUGCGCAGCCAGUUCGAGAAAGUCAGCUUCUUCAAGCUUAAUCAAUGUCUGCACAUAUAGAAAAUAUUAGGUCCGGUAAAUCAAACGUGCAGAGGACGGCAUGGAUUGCACUAUCCGUUCGACAGCAUGAUGUGAUUCACGCCGUCACCCUCAAGUCGGUCAGAUGCAAUAUUUUCUCUUGGGUGAGUGAAUCAAACUUCCUGAUUUUCAUUGUUGCAAGCUAGUAGUCCUUGUCCGUUUCUACUGUGUAGUGAGGAAAAGGACAUGAAACCAACAGAUUUUAGACUUUAAUACUCAUGUGAUUUUAGAAGGAGGUCCACUGAUAAAUAAGGACCCAGAUUUAAUGGCUGGAACAAAAUUAAAUCUGGUUCAGAUCUUUCUAUUUUGGAGAAAAGAUGAGGCCAGACACAGUUAUAACAUAGGUACUGACAGUUGAACAAUGACUAUCAAUGGCUUCUGCUGUACCUACUCCCCAUUGCCAAUACAUAUCUAGUAACCAAUAUUUUUAUUCCAUGACUGGAUAGUGUUCCAAACUAGCAUUUUUUAACUGUUAUUGAAACCAGCUAGAAUUAAUGCGAGAGGUGGUUUGAAUGAUAUAUUUAAGCUGGGUGAGAUAUGAAUAUAAUGGAAUAGAGUUGUGGAUAUGAAAUUAAUAUGGAUGUAUGUGAUAUUAGAGGAUGAGUAUGCAAAUGCUGUAUUCUUGUCUUAAAUGAAGGUCUGAAUGCGCAACGACAUUAUCCACAAGUGUAGCAUCUGACAAUGGGGUGCAGCGAAUGUAUUAAUGCUGGAU